AUGUCAUCGCCAGAUGAUUCUUCGAUGCUUGAAAAGCUCGUGUUUCCGCCGGACAUGGUGGCGAAAUACCCGGUACUCCAGAAGUUCAACGACGGCGAACGCACCUUCUGGAAAGGCGGUCGUGAGCAAGCUCUGUUGGCAUACAUCAAAAGCCAUCCAGACUUCAACACCAUGAAAGGCAACCCCAAGAAGAUCAUCCAAGCGAUCGACCACUUCGGCUGCAAUGAGCAGCUCCUGAUCACGAUCGGUCGUGACAAAGGUCGAGUCAUGGCUGAUCUGAUUCGAGAGCACAAGCCUCGUACUAUGGUUGAGCUUGGUGGGUAUGUUGGCUAUUCUGCCAUCUUCUUCGCAGACGAGCUUCGCUCUGCUUGUCCCGGCCAGCGUGUGCAUUACUGGAGCCUGGAGCUGCACUCAGAAUUCGCAGAGAUUGCUCGAGAACUGAUCGAGAUCGCUGGAUUGUCUGACAUAGUUACAGUCGUGGUCGGAUUCUCGUCAGACUCGUUACGCCAACUGAAGAAAGAUGGGCAACUUGACCAGAUCGAUGUGCUCUACCUCGACCACAACGAAGGCGAGCUGUAUGUCAAAGACACCAGCCUCGGCGAAGAGCUCGCCCUCUUCAGACCCGGGUCACACAUCGUCGCCGAUAACUGUCUGAUCCCUGGAGCCCCUGCAUAUCGUGCGUACGUGCGAGGAAACGCAAAGUUCGAAUCAAAAGGUGUAAAAGGCUUGACUAUACCAGGUGAACUGGAGGACGAACUGGAAGUGACGACAGUACUAUAA